CGAGCCGCGUAUAAAACGGAGUGCGUAUAUCAUCUCAUGUACGCGAUCCCAGAAUGGCCGCCUCGUAUGCUUUGGUGCUCUUGGUAGCGGGAUUAUGCGUCUCGGGCACUACGCCUAGUGGGCCGUGGGACGCGUUCAACCUUGCACCGGAGAGCAAGGCGGUAUACGCGCGCACAGUAUAUGGUGUCACCGGUACUGUGGAAAACGCGGACAACCUUGCUAACAACACAGGCAGCGCUACUCUGGUGGGCGAUGGAUCGUACGUGACUCUGGACUUUGGCUACGAGGUCGGAGGGAUUGUGUCGUUGACUGUCGACAAUGCGACUUCGUUGUCGUCACUGGCGCUCUCCUUCACCGAGUCCCCGUUGUACAUCAGUCCCCUCACCUCUGAUGAUACUGCUGUCCAAGACGCUAGCAUGUCAUACGACGGCGUUCUUCCACUCACUGCACCACUCGAAACUGGGCUCUGGACGGCACCGGACUAUCGUCUGAGGGGAGGCUUCCGCUACCUGACAGUCGUCUCAACCUCAAACGACCCUGUCACUAUCUCUAACGUCUCUUGCGCGAUCUCGUUCAUGCCGCAUUGGGAGGACCUGCGGAAUUACACUGGGUACUUCUUCGCCUUAGACGCAGGAUCAGAUGACGAAGACUUGUUGACGAAGGUCUGGUACUCGGGCGCUUAUACCGUGCAGACGGCGACAAUCGCAGCGGACACUGGACGCGUCGACCCUCCCUUGGGUUCACCUGGCUGGUAUAACAACGCCACCGCUGGCAUUGCCAGCCCCGUCAUCAUAGAUGGGGCCAAACGCGGACGCGCGAUCUGGCUCGGCGACAUGGAUAUCGCCGUGCCUACCCAGUUCGUCUCCACGUACGACCUUCUCCCCGGUAGGAACUCCAUCGCGACUAUCUUCUCGCUCAUGACCGCCGCGGGCGAGCUGCCGUACUCCGGGCCGCCGUUGAGCGAGCAGGGCAGUGAUACGUACGCGGCGUGGACGCUCAUUGGGACGUACAACUAUUACUUGUACUCGGGCGACCUUGAGUUUAUCGAGGAGCUGUGGGGAAAUUACACGAAGGCUAUGGAGUACCUGGCGGCGAAGGUGGACGAGACGGGGUUAUUGUAUGUGACGGGGACUGGGGACUGGGGGAGGCUGUGGAUGGGAGGAUAUAACUCGGAGGCGAACGCGAUUUACUACCAGGUGAGUGCACUCUUGAACAGCGCGCAGCUCGCGACAUGGCUCAACGACACUGACCUCGCGGACGCCUACUCCGCGAAUGCAACGAAGCUGAAGGCGGGGUUCAACGACGCGUUCUGGGACGACGACGUCGGAAUGUACCGUGACAACAAGACGUCCACACUAUACCCGCAGGACGGCAACGCGGUUGCGGUGCUGUUCAACCUCACGACCUCCGCAGACCAGGCAUCCAGGAUCAGUGAAGGUCUUACGCAGUAUUGGAACGAGUAUGGCGCGGUUUCGCCUGAGCUUCCGGAUAACGUAGCGCCGUUCAUUGGUGGCUUCGAGGUCUCCGCCCACUUCGCGUCUGGCAACGACGAGCGCGCGCUUGAUCUUAUCCGACUGGAAUGGGGAUACAUGCUCAGCACCAACAUCAGCGUGCACUCCACGUUCCUCGAAGGGUACACGUCCAACGGAUCCCUGUACUACCGGUCCUACGAUGGCUACGCAUACGACCCGACCUUCAUCAGCCACUCGCACGGCUGGAGCACCGGCCCCACCUCCGCACUCACGUUCUACGUCCUCGGCCUGACCGUCACCUCGCCCUUGGGUCAGACGUGGUCCGUCGCGCCGCAUACAUCGGGACUGCCGUCGGCCCAGGGUGGGUAUAGCACUACGCUUGGCUGGUUCGGCGUUGACUGGACCUCCGCCGCGAGUGGAUUCAAUAUUACCAUCUCGACGCCAGAAGGGACCAGCGGCACCGUGAAGCUGCCGAUCACUGGGACGGUCUAUGUGGAUGGUGUCGAGGUUGGCGAAGAUAGCUCGGAAGCCUUCGAGCUGCCUGGCGGAAAUCACACUGUCGUGGUGGAGAGAUGAAGCCUGAAGAAUGGACAUAGUAUGUGACUCGCUGUCGCUAUUGAACGCCGUGGUACGCAGGGCAUGCACAAAAAUGCUGCAGUGCAUCGUGAUACGUUCUGCAUACUUCGCAAGAUGCGCAGCCUCCAUGGAUUUCUUGCGGGUAGCGGUCUCUUGACCGCGUCUUUGCCCGUGACCAUCAGCCAU